UCCGGACAUCACCAACUUAUACGUCGAUCACCCAGGGACUUUCACAAUGCCAGGUAACGAUGUUAUUCGGUCGCUGAGGCUGCUGUCGCGCAGCUCGGGCGGACUCAUGUCAGGCCCGAAGCAGGUGACGCAACGAUGCCUUACACGCUCAAUGGCAACCGAAGCGGCAACACAACCCCCAGUGGCGACUCAGGAUGCUGUGCAGGCCGAGCAAGCACAGCGACCAGGCGGCCAAACCCCUGUUCAAGUCAUGACCUACCGGUGGCCCAACUUGGAACCCCAGCGUCUGGUCCAUUACUCCCGCAGACUACUUCAGAUGCCCACUCGUCACGAUAUUCUCCACCGCGCAGUCAUCUAUGAGGGUGACAGCACCCGACAAGGUUCAGCCAGCACCAAGUGGAGGGACGAUGUGCACGGUAGUCACAGGAAGCUGUACGCGCAGAAGGGCUCCGGUCGUGCGCGUGCGGGUGAUAAGAUGUCGCCAGUUCGACGAGGUGGUGGUGUCGCUUUCGGACCUCAUCCUCGUGAUUUCUCGACCGAUCUGCCCCGAAAGAUCUACGACCAAGCCUGGCGCAUUGCCCUCAGCCACCGGCUUUCACGCGGCGAAUUGAUUGUUGUUGAUAACACCAUCGGUAUCGACGAAGCUGCCAGUCCGUUCUUCAUCAGAAAUCUCGUCAAAGCUCAUGGCUGGUAUCAGAAGGGCCGGUCUACAUUCGUUACACUGAAGCCCAAUGAGAUGUUCUCUGAUGCGGUCGAAAAGUUCGGCAACCACGCACGAACUAUCAGCGUCGAGGAUUUGGAUGUGAAGAAUGUCUUGGAGACAGCAAGAUUGGUUAUUGAGAAGAAUGCACUGCACAAGAUCCUGCUUUCGCACUCGACGGACUUGGCGAAGGUGGACACACUCUUUUCGCCCUCAGCAAACGGAGAGAAGGUGUAUCCGCUGGACUUUAGCCGGAUGAAGGCUACAUGGAAGAACGUUUAA